GAGUCAUAUGGAACUUCACUAAGAGGAACCGAGCCGGGACUGGGACUGAACCGGGACAGGUACUGGGACUGAACCGGGACAGGUACUGGGAAUGGACCGGGACAGGUACUGGGACUGAACCGGGACAGGUACUGGGACUGAACCGGGACAGGUACUGGGACCGGGACAGGUACUGGGACUGAACCGGGACAGGUACUGGGACUGAACCGGGACAGGUACUGGGACUGAACCGGGACAGGUACUGGGACCGGGACAGGUACUGGGACUGAACCGGGACAGGUACUGGGACCGGGACAGGUACUGGGACUGAACCGGGACAGGUACUGGGACUGAACCGGGACAGGUACUGGGAAUGGGACCGGGACAGGUACUGGGACUGAACCGGGACAGGUACUGGGACUGAACCGGGACAGGUACUGGGAAUGGGACCGGGACAGGUACUGGGAAUGGGACCGGGACAGGUACUGGGAAUGGGAUUGCGACUGGGAGCAGAGAUAGGCCAAUAAAAAAUAACUAUCAGGCUAACGGAACAACAGAGGAGCUAAAAGGUUAAUAUUCAUUACAGAGGAAGUUUCCGCCGUCCCAAAUCGGCCUUCUCCCGGCAGGCCUUUCGUUCCGCUCCGCAUUAAAGUCACGUGGGUCCAACUUCGUUAAUAGUCUAUUUAACUUCUAUAUCGCUAUAGGCUUUAAAGUCAUUUUAAAUAUUUGAUAUCCCUAUAUAGGCCUCACAAAAAUAGUUUCUUAAUAAAUAAUUAUAUAAACGAACGGUGUUAUAGUGGUUUUGGGUUUGUUUUUUAAUUUAAACUCGGGGGAGGAAUACGUUUUCUCCAGCCUCCAUCACAUCUAAACUCAGACGGGGGGGGGGGGGGGGGUGGGGGGGGGGGGGGGGGUGCUUGUGGGGGGCAGACCAGACCCGGUCCGUACUGGACCCGGUCGGACUGGACCCGGUCCGUACUGGACCCGGUCGGACAGGACCUGGUCGCGGUAUCUGGACCACGUUCUGACGCGGCAGGGUGACGUCAAGCGGACCGUUUGGACUGAAGGUCUUCCUCCUCUUCAUCCUCUGCUCGGGGUCUUCCUCAUCCCUCACGAGGCCUGACUGUUAAACACGGGAGAGACUUUGGACUUUGGAUUUUCUUUUUCACCUUUUGGUUAUUUACAUAUAUUUUGUAAUUGACUCUUUAUGUUUGACUUAAUUAUGGCCAAAUGUAAACGAUAUUUGAAGCCUCAGGAUCACACUUUAUAUAGAUAGAAACUAUAAAUAAGAUAUAUAGCCUACAUACAAGAAGUAGAUAUAGCCUACUAGAUAUGAGAUAGCCUAUCGUAAUAGAUAUAUUAAAUAUAAGAUAUGGUAAUAAUAAUAGUCCUACUAGCCCUAUAUAUGAGAUAUUGUUUGUGUUAAGAUAUAACUACAGAUAUAAUACCGUUGUGUUAAGAUAGUGUUUGUGUUAAGAUAUAAUAGUAAAAUACUAUAAAUAGGCCUAGUAUUAGAUAGUGUGCGUGUUAAGAUAUAGUAGUAUAUCUUAACAGAACUAUAUAUUACAUAGGCUAUAGCCUAACUCGUCUUACAGUAGGAGGAGUGAAGUCAUCUCGCGUAAAACAAAAACUACUUCGCGUUCCGGUAGCUGUGACCUUAUAAUAAGGAUCAUAAUAAUAGUAGGCCAAAUUUGUAUCAUUGCUAUUGAUAAUAAUCCUAUUUUUCAAUAAUAACCGAAUUGACCGGCAUCCAAACUGAAGUUAAGUCAUUUAUUUGAUUUAGGCUAUAUCUUUAUCAUUCGGUCUGGUUCUGAAUUAUUUUUUUUGAUUAUGUUCAACGUUUACUGGAAUAAUUAACCUUUUUUUUUUAAAACAGACAAAGCUUUUCUAUCAUAAAGUUAAAUCCAAUCCAUAACGUUGACUGUUGGUUUAACGCCACAGUUCGGGAAUGUGGAUCCAGUCUGCAGCCUUCCUUUAGAUCCGUACUCGUACCGGGCGACACCGACUCAGAACACCGAUCUGAAGAAGACUCUCCGUUGACCGGUAAACCUUCCUUCACCUCCAGGCUCUGAGUCGCCAGGCCGGACUAGGUCUACCGAGACUUGGGGACGUGGCUCCUCAGACGGCGAGGGGCUAAUCCUGCCGGGACUCGAACACAACGGUGAGCCAGGAGGGAACAGAAAGUCGAGGAGGGCUUCUUCUGUAUUCCCGGUCUGAGGUUCCGGUGAGGAGGCGCGAGGCGCGUCUCUGUGUGUCCAGGAAAUCCUACCUGAGCGCGCAGAGGUUCAAAGGUCGGGCUGUGAAAACAUCCAGGAGACGGAUCUGGACGGGUCCGUCUCACUCAGCAGGUGGUCUGUCUGGCACGAGGUCAGCCCUGGGAAGGGGGAGGUUUAUUUUGUCAACCUGUAAAAUCCCGCCACCUCCCCACGCGCCCCAAACCCGCACCUCAGAUUAAUAAUCUAAUGUUAUCAGGGUUCAAAACUUCUAUCAAUAUGUAUGAAAGAUAGUCGAUCUACAGAAGCGUUUUUAAGUAGUCUAAAGAGUUAGUAUACAGUUCAAACAAGCUUGAAUUAUUUAAUAAAUCCGUUCAAUCUAAAUAAUUUAAAAGGCCCAAUAAUAUGAAUUAUUAAUGUAUCCUACUUUAACGAAAUUAAUGGUUAUGGGAACCUUUAGAUGAAAUAAAUGGUGUGGAAUGCUUCAACAUUAAAAAAAAGUACCAAAUAUUCAACACAUGACUUUAAGGUAGACUAUUAUUAAUAGUUUUAAUUUGAAAAGUAAUUGUUUAAUGUAAAAUGUAUUUUCUGUAACUAACGCCUACCUGUUGGCAUCAGGGCAUCCGGUUAAAAAAUAAGACUCGAGUGAAUAAUUAUUUCUAAAAGUAUAUGAAAUUCUAGGCUAUAAAUCCAUCUUCUGGUCUCGUGACUCCCGUCUCUCGGGUCCGCGGCCUCGAGCCAGAGCGGGUCCGGUUCCGGGUCCCGCACGAGCCGCCGAUAUAUCGGUUAAAUAACGGCCGAGAGCGAGCCCGGCCCAGCGGGCCGACUGUCGGACUCAACCUACUCCCUUUAGUGCUUAUUUAAAGUCACAUACAUAAUAUUUAAAUAAUUACUUUCCCUAUUUGUAACACAAAUAACGAGGCGAGGAAUGUUUUCAACUACGGUUAAGUUAUCUAGUUAUUUUAAUUUAUCUGGAUUUAAUCUGAAAUAUAAAGUUCGUUCCUUAAUGUGUGGAAAUAAUUUAGACAAGUAAAAAUAAUCUGAAUUAUUUGAAAUUUGUUAUUUAAAGUCAAUUAACAAAGGAUAAAGGCCUUGAGUGUAUGAAUUUUGAAGAAGAGGUCAAAUAAUAAACUGUUGAAAGCCUAUCCCGCGCCGGGGGCCUUACGUGGACCGUGCGGAUCAGAAGGUCUGGAGAUACAUAACAUCAUUUCUCAGAAUGAUCUCAACUCAUCCGAGAACGAGGCGGUAUUUCCAGAGCUCGAGCGGUAGGCCAUGUUAGACUUGAAGAAAAAAAUUCUCGAACCAUUUUCUCAAAUUACCCACUAAUGUCAAACGCCAUUGUUGGCUCGCGGUGCGUCGUGGCUCCUCCCCCUACGCGGUGGCGGUAAACCUGGCGCGCGGCUCCACUGAAGCCAAGAUAAGGCGACCCGUCUCCUCCUCGAGGCGACCAAUCGGGUGUCUCACGCGGGAACAACUGCACUCGGAAAGGCGUCUCGCGACUCGGCAGUAUUGAGCAGAUCACCGGCGGGCAAGGCAUCACCGGCGCGCGCUACGUCCGCCUCAUCCCGCGGUGGUCUCAUCCCGCACGGCCCCGUGCGCGUGGGAGGGGGGGGGGACUACACACCAUGUCCCUGAGCCCGAGGUACUCCACUCCCUUCUCGGUGACUGACAUCCUGAGUCCGCUCGAGGAGAGCUACAGGAAGUUCGGUGGCGGGAUGGACAACGGCGGGAACCUGUGCCCCCCGCUGGGCGCGUACGGCCGCCAGACUCCGGGCUCGUGCCACCAGCAGCAACAGCAGCAGCAGCAGCAGCACACGUACCACGUGGCCCACCACGGAGUGCCCCAGUUCUCCAGCGCCAUGGGGGGCUACUGUAACGGCGCCAUGGGGGGCAUGGCGGGGGGCGAACUGCCGUCCUACCAAGACACGGUGAGGAGCGCAGGCCCCGCCAGCGCGUGGUACAGCAGCCCCGAGCCCCGGUACCCCACAAUCUCCCGGUUCAUGGGCGCGAGCGGCGGGAUGAGCGGCAUGGGCGGCAUGGGCCCACUGGGCAGCAUGAUGGAUGCGGGCUCCAAGACGUCCAUGGUGGCGCUGCACGCGACGCCCCGGCGGAAGCGGCGCGUGCUUUUCUCCCAGGCGCAGGUGUACGAGCUCGAGCGGCGCUUCAAGCAGCAGAAGUACCUGUCGGCGCCGGAGCGCGAGCACCUGGCCGCCCUGAUCCACCUGACGCCCACCCAGGUGAAGAUCUGGUUCCAGAACCACCGCUACAAGAUGAAGCGGCAGGCCAAGGACAAAGUGGCGCAGGCUCAUCUGCAGCAGCACGAGGCUGGCGGGGUCGGCGGGGUCCUCGCGCCAUCCCAGCUGCAGCAGGAGCAGUCCUCCUCCACGUCAUCUCCGAAGCGCGCGGUCGCCCCCAAGGAAAAUAUAAACAAGGAGCGCCUGAGCGAGGCCGGGUCGUCGGAGUCCGCGAGCCUCCACGGACACCUUAACCAUGACCUGGGGGAGGGUCUGGCGGGCCGGGGGGCGGCCCUCCUCCUCCACCACCACCUCCACCUGCACCACCAGACCCCGCAGGUGGGCCACCUGUCGCCCGACGACAUGGAGGAGCUGUCCCCCAGCCCCCCGCUGGGCCUGCACGGCGGGCUGGGCCCGAGCGACGCGGCGCUCAUGGACUACGGAAGCCCACCGGGGCUGGGAUCCGGUCUGCUGUACGGAAGGACCUGGUGAAGCACGGGACUCAAGAGACAAUCCGCGACGCGUAAACGGCCUCCAGAGCAGUCUAGACUUCCACGUGUGAACCCGGUGAAGUGUGGCUCGAGGCGGCCCCGACGGAUUAAUUUAACGGUGAAGAACAGGAACAUGUCCCGCGGGGUUUAGAUGAUGUUCCUCCGAGUAGGCUACGUCUCGUUCCAGAACGAAACCGCUCCAUCAUCCGGUGAAUGUAAAAAUGAACUGAGACGCAGGUGGAAGACCUUCGCUGAACAGCUUCAGGAUUAAUUCGUUCCCAGUGUCGCUCGUUCUAAACACCGAGGCCGGUUUCAGGUCCAUGUGAUGCAUGAGUGUUUGAUAACGAGGCCUUCUCCAUGGACAUGGUCUGGAGUAAUAUAGGUUAGGAAAUACAUUUGUUUUUAAUGGUAUAAAUGAUGGCUGAAUAAAUGAAUAUCCGUGACUGACAUGAAGUCAAAUACCGCUGUCACCGGAUCGUUUGUUACAGAGUGAAUAAACGAGAUUUUACCGUAA